GUGACAGAGAUAGAGAGAGUGGGUGCAUACUGGCUUUUCAUUGAUGAGUACCCCCUCUCUUCAUUACUUCCACCCAUCCCUCAAAAUAAAGGAAGCACUUUUUUUAUAGGGGAGGAGGUGUGAUGGUAAUAGCUGGACAUGACCACCUACUGCAAGACUCAGACAUUGCAAGUCAUAGACACCGAAUACAGUGCCGACGCUGUAGAGUGGUGCCCCCUGGCUGACUGGUGCAGUAUUCUGGCAUGUGGAACGUACCAAUUAAAGAAACCAGAUAGCAAACCGGGUGAAGGGGAUCAUGACGACCCGCACACUAGACUGGGACGCCUCUAUUUGUACCGUUAUCUUCCAGACCAGCUGUUUUCUCCUGUGACUGAGCUUCAGAGGAUGGACACGUCGGCCAUAUUGGAUAUGAAAUGGUGCCAUCUCCUAGUCGCAGAACAUCCUACACUGGGAAUUGUGAAUGCAAAGGGUUUCCUGGAGCUGUACAGAUUGCAAGGCAGUAAGGAGAGUUGUGAGGUUCAGCCUUUCUCUGCUGUGGACUUAGGAGAAGAUUGUCUUGCGCUGUCUCUUGAUUGGUCCACAGGACUGAAAGAAAGCUGUCCAAUCAAGAUUGUCUGCAGUGACUCGAAAGGACGGUUAAACCUGUUGCUGGUAAAUGAAUCUGCUCCAUCCAUAGAUGUAAUUUCUCAGUGGGAAGGACACAAAUACGAAGCGUGGAUAGCAGCUUUCAAUUACUGGAACUGUGACAUUAUAUACUCAGGUGGAGAUGACAGUCUGCUGAGAGGGUGGGAUACAAGGACGUCACCAGACACACCCAUAUUUACAAGUAAGAGACAUUCGAUGGGAGUGUGCAGUAUUCAGAGUAACCCCCUCAGGCAGCAUAUCCUGGCGACUGGAAGCUACGAUGAGCAUGUUCUCAUUUGGGACACACGGCAGAUGAAACAGCCCAUCUCGGAUACCCACGUUCAAGGAGGGGUAUGGAGACUGAAAUGGCAUCCUAUCCAUAGCAACCUCCUACUGGCUGCUUGUAUGCACAAUGGCUUCCACAUCUUGGAUAGUGACAACCAGUCUGAUGAAUGCUCCAUACUGUCGUCCUAUGCGCUACACAACUCUCUAGCCUACGGAGCGGGUUGGUCAACUCUGCCUCUACAAUCCUCCUCACUCAGCAAUCCAGAACCAGUACUUGUGAGUUCCAACACAUCAGUGAGCAGCAGCUCGGACACUGGAGCUCAGAAACUGGACACAUCUAUGCAGAACCUAAAGAUCUUUUAUGAGUCGCCCACUGGUAGCUUUGAUGUGGUGCUGGAGGAUGAAUAUGUGCCAGUAGCUGACAGCAAGAGAAAAGCGAUCGCUUCAGCUACUGGGGAAUCUCAAGGUAUCUCUGAACCAGCCUUGUCUAAAGAUGAAGUAUUCGCUAGCAACUUGGUAGCUACCUGCUCGUUUUAUGAUCACGUUCUUCAUAUAUGGAGAUGGGAAUACCAGAGAGUCCAGUCCGAGUGAGCAAUAACACUUUCACCGGCACUAUUUCUGGAACAUGCAAGCGAUCUACCUCCUUUGCACUCAAAUCCCAUGCAAAAAGAGAUUCUUUAUUAUUGGUCACUUGUGUUCAUAUUGUUUUCAAACUUUUAACCAGCGAUUUUACAGCAAUAUGUUAUUGGAACUAAAUAUAUGAUUCUAUUUUUUAAAGCAGCAGGAAA